UCUUAGAUUAACAGUGACUAUAAAAGGUGACUUAUUGUCUGAUUUCAUUAGUUUGUGUACAGACGUCUAGAAACCGCGCACAAUGGCUUACGUCGGUAAAGUUUACACGUUCGACAGGCACCAGAACUUCGACAAGUACCUUAAGCACAUGGGUGUCACUGAUGAGGUGAUUCAACAAUACGUCCAGGUUAAGGGCACCGCCGAGUUAAGGAAGGAGGGAAACAAGUACAGAUACAUCACUUCCUCCGCCCAUGGCAACAACGAAGUCGUGUUCGAGUCUGGCGUAGAGGUCGACGAUGUAGGCCUGGGUGGUAUUCCGGUCAAGUGCGUGUACACAGUCUACGGUAACACAGUGAUACAGGUUGGCAACACCGGCAAAGUAAUUGGCACCAUAAUAAGAGAGUUCAGCGAAGACCUCCUCAAAAUGACAAUGAUCCUUUCAUCGUGGGACGGCGUCGCAUACAGAUACUACAAGGCUUAAUUUAAUUGUUAUUUAAUUUAUUGGUUGUUAUGAUAAAUAUAUAAUUUUAUAGUUAUUUCUAAAUUUUCGUUUAUUUACAGUAACAAAAUCAUACAUAACUCUGAAUUAGGAGUACUGUUUUCUGUUUUUAUUUAUUUUUGUUUAAAGAAAUUGCAUUAAACAGAUUACCGACAACAAUAAUCUAAAUUACACUAAAGUGGGUCUAAUGGCUGGUCAGAAUCCAAAUGCAAGUAUAGGGUAAAAGCCGGAUAGUUGCCUCGAACGGAUACAUGCCUCAGUUUCGAAUACACUAUAAUAUGAUUGUUGAAAGUAUUAGUGGUUGCUAAUAAUUGAAAGUGUCCCCCGUGUAGGCCUUCGUGACACAUAAGAAGUUGAAAUAGGCAGACGUAUUUUGUCCGUAUGCCCAAAUAUCUUCCGCGGCUAAGCUGACGAGCGUUGAAAUUAUAUUAGUAAGCAAUCUCUGUUGAAUAUUUUUAUUACUUAUUAAGAUUUCUGUAAAAUUCUUGUUUCUUAGCAUGCAUGCAUAAGGGUUUAAAUUACACUGUUUAUUACUCUUUA